AUGUCGCGAGGUGGUCGGGGAAGAGGGCGCGGUGGUGGUGGCCGAAAAGGCCCUCUGCCUCCAGAGUUGGACUUUGACGAUGACGACGAUAUUUCUCUCUCGCCGACCGAGAAGACGCCCCAAGCGCUAUUUCCAGAUAUCGAGCUUCCCGUGCCACGUCCACCCACGUCCCGCGAACUCGCCGCCGUCAGCCGCUACCUAUCCUUCCGCACCCGUGCGCGCAAUGGACCUUACUACGCGACCCUCGACCCCAGUAGCAUCGCGGACGAAAAGACGGGCAAAACGCUCAAGCGCGCCGGAUUUGAUCCGUUCAACGACCAGGAGAAGUACACGGCCAAAUACCACAAGAAGAAGAGGAGCUUGCCGGACUUGGGGAGCGGUGGGAGAGACUAUGGUACGUUCCCAGACCGCUCGACGCCACGGAACUUUCCCCCCCGGAGAGAAGGAAGGUAG